AACUGUUUUGAGCAGAGGUCGCUCCUGAACCGCGAAUCAGUAAAAAUAAAUAACUAAAUAAAAUAAAAUCGGGGAAAUUUUAUGAACUGAGUGCAUUUGUGAUUGUUGGUUACGCGUUAAGUUAAAAAAGGUAAAUAAAUCGAACAGAUCAGGCGCAAAAUAACCUUUUUGUCUCAAAGAUCUGCUGCAAGCUUGAACUGAACACUUCCGGUUCCUGAAAGGUCAUGACAGCAUCACAUGGAGGAGUGAACAUCUGGAUUAAACACGUGUUUAAGGAGUAAAAAAGUGCAUGAGUUUAUUUUUUAAAAAUCUUGUGAAGUGUAUGAAGCUGUUCUGGAGUCUCCUAGGCUGGAGGUGAGAUGUGCAGUCCUCAGGUCAGGUGUCCAGGAGAACUGGAGGAGGAAUGGGAUGGGGCAAAGCAGGUGUGCCUCAGGGUUCAACACCAGGACCUCACUACAGAGUCUGAAGCUGCCACUCUGGAGUGUCCUUCUGUCAGUAUGGAGCCUGGAGAUGCCUCUAAUGAGGUUAAAUGUACCACUGUAGGAUCUUCAGCUGCCAGUCUGGGGUCUGCAGGUGGCACCAAGGAGGCUUUUGUUGCCACUGUGGAGUCUAAAGGCGUCCUGAUGGAGUCCUCUAUUGUAGCUGCCAUUUUGGAGGAUAAAAAUGUCACUUUGGAGUUGGAAGGUGCCACUUUGGAGUCUUCUGUUGCUAUUCCGCAGUCUACGGAUGCCACUCUGGGGUCUCAUGAUGCCACUCUGGGGUCUCAUGAUGCCACUUUGGGGUCUCAUGAUGCCACUUCGGGGUCUCAUGAUGCCAUGUUGGAGUCUUCCAGUGCUACCGUGAAAUCUGCUGGUGCCCAUGAGAAGGCAGAAGGCAGCAAUGUCCAAGUGUCCGUCAUCAUUCCAGUCUAUAACGGCGCUAAAUGGCUGGAUGAAAGCCUUCAGGCUGUUUUCGAUCAGGACUUCCAGGGAACGUUGGAGAUCUCACUGUUUGAUGACGCCAGUACGGAUAAUUCCAGAGCGAUUGCUGAAAGCUGGAGAGAGAGGCUGAGGAUGAGAGGCGUUACCAUGGUGAUAUCAGGCCAUAACACAGACAGACCAAGAGGAGUUGGGUUUGCCAAAAACAAAGCUGUGGCUCAAAGCUCUGGACGAUUCCUUUGCUUCCAGGACGCGGAUGAUGUCAUGAUGCCCCAGAGAGUGAGACUGCAGUAUGAAGCUGCCGUCCUGAACCCCAAUACUAUUGUUGGUUGCCAGGUGAGGCGUAUUCCAGAAGGUUCCACUGAGCGCUACACCAGGUGGAUCAACACACUCAGUCCAGAGCAACUGCUUACACAGGUCUACACCUCUCAUGGACCAACGGUCGUCAUGCCAACAUGGUUCUGCUCGCGCCAUUGGUUCCAGAAAGUCGGACCUUUUGAUGAAGGAGGCAAGGGGGUUCCUGAGGAUUUGUUGUGGUUCUAUCAGAGUCUUCGCCAGGGAGGGGGAGUGAACCGAGUGAACAAGUGUCUGCUGAUUUAUCGUUACCAUGAGCAUGCAGCAACACACUCUGUACUCGAGGAAACCAUCUGGAAUCUCCGAGUGGACUUCUUGGAGGAGAGAGUGAUCGGACAAUGGGAUUCAUUCACCAUAUGGAAUGCUGGGAAACAGGGACGGAAACUGUACCGCAGCCUGGCAUCCACCAAUCAGAGGAAGGUGAAAGCAUUCUGUGAUGUAGACGAAAGCAAAAUUAAAAAGGGCUUCUACACAUACGAGGAAUCAAAGGAACGUCCCAAACCCAGAAUCCCUGUGCUGCACUACAGAGACGCAUCACCUCCAUUUAUAGUGUGUGUAAAACUGGAUAUGACGGGCGGUGUGUUAGAGGAGACUCUGCUCUCUCUCGGUUUAAUGGAGGGAGUUGAUUAUUUCCACUUCAGCUGAGUGAUGGAGAGAAAGAAAAAGAGGAGGAGGAGUGGCAGAUGAAGACUGAACGACAGAGCAAAGGAGAAAAGAUGCAGAGAAGAAAGAGGGAGAUGGGACAUGCAUCUUGUUCUUGGUGCUGUGUGUGUGUGUGUGUGUGUGUGUGUGUGUGUGUGUGUGUGUGUGUGAGAGAGAGCUCAGUGUUACUGUAUGUCGCUGAUAAGUCCAGCGAUUAGAGAGCAGCUCUGAUUCGUCAGUGUGCUUUUAUUGUUUACUUUCCUCUAAACCUCAGAUCACCCAUUCAUCCUGUUAUCUUUGUUUGUCUUUGUGUGUGUGUGUGUGUGUGUGUGUGUGUGUGUGUGUGUGUGUUGAAAGACAGGAGUGUGGCCUUCAUGGGCAGGAGACAGACAGAGGAAUGUGUGUGUUAUGUUAACAUUAUCUGAGGUCAGCAGCCACGUUCCUCCCUGUGUGUGUGUGUGUGUGUGUGUGUGUGUGUGUGUACUCAUGCACACGUGUCUGAUGCAGUACUGCAGGGGUUUUCAAAGUGUGGGAGAGUCGGCCCCCCCCUCAGAGAGCAAAUAAACAACAGCGCCCCCCACCACAAUUUUUGUUGUUGCUAUACUUAAUGUUCCAUUCGUAUUUUAAAAAAUGGUUGUUGUACACAUUUUUAUUUUUUCUUUUACACAUUUUAAACAUCUGUGCUUUUUUAAAACCUCUUUUUUACACAUUUUAAACAUCUGUGCUUUUUUUAACAUCUUGUUUUACACAUUUUAAACAUCUCAUAGCAUCGUUAGCUAGCACCUCUUGGCAGACAGCACACUGUGGCAGUGGAGCAUCUUCAGAUCCAGUCCAUGAAAAUCCAAACUUUAAAUAAUCGUGCUCAUACUUCCUGCCUUUUUUUUUUUUGCUUGGCCCAGACUCUGUCUCCUCACUCACUGUAGCUUUAGGUACUAAAAAUCCAUCCAUUUUGUCUCUGGUAAAGGCUAGCUGAAGUUUGCUAAAAGUCCGCAAUAGUGACUUAUUCUGGUUUAUUUUUCCUCAUGUUGCGCCCCCCCCGGAAGAACUCUGGCGCCCCUCUAGGGGAGGCGCGCCCCACACUUUGAAAAGCCCUGCAGUACUGCAUUUAGCGGUUUGUGUUGUUUGUUGUAGGUCAAAUAUCCCCAUAAAUACAGAAGUACAGGACGUGUAGAUACAGGCCAUUUGCAGGAAUUGGUCACGUGUCAAUUUUCCCCAUAGCAACAAGCCCGUGGUGGGCAAGCUAACUUGACAUUC